CAUUUAUAUAUAUACACCUUUCACCUCCUCCUUCUCUAUAAUUAUUUCUAUCUUUCAAAAAUUUAUCAUCAAUUCAAAUCUUUCUCCUCCUAGAACAUAUCUUUAUUUGAAACAAAAAAGUUUUAAGAAAAUGAGCAACAUAAGCAUGGUAGAGGCAAAGCUUCCACCAGGAUUCAGAUUUCAUCCAAGAGAUGAAGAACUUGUUUGUGAUUACUUGAUGAAGAAGGUGACACAUAGUGAUUCCUUUCUCAUGAUUGAUGUUGACCUUAACAAGUGUGAGCCAUGGGAUAUUCCUGAUGCAGCAUGUGUGGGAGGGAAAGAAUGGUAUUUCUAUACACAAAGAGACCGUAAGUAUGCCACAGGACUACGAACAAAUCGUGCAACUGCAUCAGGCUAUUGGAAGGCAACUGGAAAAGACAGAUCUAUCCUUCGCAAAGGCACUCUUGUUGGAAUGAGAAAGACUUUAGUGUUCUAUCAAGGAAGGGCACCUAAAGGAAGAAAAACUGAAUGGGUUAUGCAUGAAUUUCGCAUUGAGGGUCCUCAUGGCCCUCCUAAAAUUUCUUCUUCUAAGGAAGAUUGGGUUUUGUGUAGGGUGUUCUACAAAAACAGAGAAGUUGCUACAAAACCAAGCAUGGGUAGUUGCUAUGAUGACACAGGAUCUUCAUCACUUCCAGCAUUAAUGGAUUCUUACAUAAGUUUUGAUCAAGCUCAAUUCCAUACAGAUGAAUUUGAGCAAGUGCCCUGCUUCUCCAUUUUUUCUCAAAACCAAACAAACCCUAUCUUCAACCAUAUAACAACCAAUAAUAUGGAACCAAAAUUACCUAUAUCCAACAAUAACAAUGCAACUACAUUUGGAGAAGCACCUUAUAGUUUAGACCCUUUAUCAUGUGAUAGAAAAGUUUUAAAAGCUGUUUUGAGUCAACUCUCAAAAAUGGAAAGAAACCCUAUUAAUAAUCAAAUUCUAAAAGGGUCAUCACCAAGCUUAGGAGAAGGAAGUUCUGAAAGUUACUUAUCUGAUGUGGGUAUGCCCCACAUGUGGAACAAUUACUAAUGUGGUUUACUUCACUCCUAUUUCAAAUUUCUUGGUUUGGCUUUCCUCAAGUUUAAGAAAUCGGAUUUCUACGGAUGUUGCAUUACUCACUCCAUCCCAAAAUAUAAACAAAAAGUGGUCAACCAAAAUGGAUGUAUUUGGUUAAAAAUUUAGUUUAAAUACAUCCACUUUGAUUGACCAUUUUUUACUUAUAUUUUGGGACGGAGGAAGUACCAUACUGCAACAAUGGUAGAGAAUUUAGGUCUCGUGUUAAACUACGUAGGUGAAAAGGAAUCUGAAUCCUCUACAACUGCAAUUGCAAUAUGAUGAUGUAACGUAUUCAAUUUCGAUGAAAAGUUACACGGUCAAAAAUAGGAGUAUUGAAGGGGAGAAGAGGAAAUCCAUUGUUUUAAGUCAUGAUAAUAGUAUCUAAAUAUUUUUCUCAUGCUGUUAGCUAUUGAUAUAUAAAUAUCUAUCCACAUGAUAUGUCCCAUUAUAUUAGAAAAAUGGGACUUUGUAAUUGGAACUUAUAAAUUGGUAGUUCAUUUUAGUUAA